AGUGUAACUGCCAAAUUGAACGAGCAAUUGUAGAUUAGAUUCUGUAUUUCCGAUUAGAAGCUGCAGUUGGGCGGCCAUUUUAGCCCAGCCCAGAUUGGCUCCACCAUUGGCGCCUACGACGCGCUUCGUAUCAUCUUCUUCCUUUCUUUCCCAAAUCCCUGCACCCUGCAGUUUAAUUAUCUUUCUAGGGUUUUCUAUCAUUUCUGUAGUUCAAUUUGUAAUUGUUACCUUUCGAUUCUAUUUCCAUUCCAUCUUUUUCCUAGAUAGGUCACGCCCUCGAAUCUUUCUGAGGUCCAUCGCCUUUGUUUCUCCGAGAUGUCGAGGCCCCGAGUCACCAUCACUCUCGGGCGCUCUGGCCAGGUGGUAAAGAGAGGAGGUAUAGCUUCAGACUUCGCGCAAUCGAAUAUUGAUUCCGGAUCAGAUUCGAGAAGAAAACGAUACAUUGAGAGAUCAGCCGAUAAUGCAGAGGAUUUGUUCUCAUCCACAAAUAAGCGGCAACGUGGAAAUGGUUCCUAUUGGAGUUCAAGUGGUGAAAGAAAAGAGGCUUACAGAGUUGGUCAAAAUGAUCUUCGCUUGAAACUGAUUCGCAAAAAUCAAUCCAAGAAAAUUGGUAAUGGGGAAGAACACUCGAAGAUGGACCUACACCAUCAAUUAUCAAAAAAUUAUCUGCCCUCAACUAGUGGAGCUAUAAUACGCCGUAGGCAUGAAUUUAAAGGGAGCAAUCUUGUAAGGCAAAUGCAUUCCAGAGAAAGUGCCGAUGACCUAUACCUAGUACAUUCACAGAGGAAAAGUACCGUUCCAUAUGUUGAUAGAGUGAGAGUUAGAUCCCCAGAUGGAAUCAUGAAAAGCUCCAUGGGGCUUUCACCACCUAGAUACAAUGAUGAGUUUAGGAGAACCUCGUCUAUGAGGGAAGCUGAUCGUUCAAGAGAUGAAUGGUUUUUUAGGAACAGUGUUGCUGAUACUUAUAGGUCGGUAGACUCUGCCCCUGCGAAAAUGAAAGCUCUCCCCGUGUCUGGAAAGGCGGUCAAGGAUCUCACACCAAUAAGUGGCAGCAUGCAGAGAAGUUCCCCAAUGGGGGAGGGUUCUUUUUCUGUUGCUGGCUUGUUGAAUUCACUUGGUUUGGGGAAAUAUGCCAUUAAUUUUCAGGCUGAAGAAAUUGACAUGACAGCUUUGAGACAGAUGGGAGACAAGGAUCUUAAAGAGUUGGGGAUACCAAUGGGACCAAGGAAAAAGAUUCUUCUCGCCAUGUUGCCCCGUUCUAAGCAGCCACCACCAUCAUCACUCUCAAUGGCACGAGCAUAGAGUUUUGCAGCUCUAUGUCUAUCUUCCAAAAAAGUGUACGAGUGUAUUGAACUAAAUUGCUAAUUUUGACUUCAUGCUUGAUUACUUAUUCCAUUUAGAAAUUAGUCCCUCUCUAGGGAUGUUUUUAUCUGUAUGUAUAAACAGUUUGAGGAUAAAUUAUGCAGUGGGAUCAAUUGUGUAUAGUGCAUACUCUGAUCUCUGCCUUGCCAAUACUGUUCUUCAUGUAUUGAUUAAACUUUGAACGUUGUACUUAUUGAGAAUGGAGUUAACCUAUACCCAAUUCACUAA